GAGGGAACUAUUAAAUUAAUUAAACAAAGAGGCCAUUAAACUGAAUCAGCUCUAAUGCUGUGGUGGCCUACAUAAGCAAAACAAAAUCUAACUCUGUAAAUGCCUCAUGGUUAUAAAAUCAAAACGCUAAGGACAACCAACCACAAACAGCCAACAAGGCUUUAAGCUAUAGCCAACCAAUAAUUUCCUUACUUUGCUUCCACUUUUUCGCUAUAAAAGUCUCUCCCAGAGCUCCUGUUGGUGGAGCACUCCUAACCACUCCUGGUUUGGUGCUGCCCGAAUCAAAUCAACUUUUGCUCCAACUUUAAAAUUAAAAAAAAAAAAAUUGUUUCCUUAAGAGAAAUUAUUGAGUCGAAAGGAAUGAAAUUUUUUCAUUUAUUUUUCCCCUGAUUAUCAAAGUAAGAUAAGCUUAUCAUAGACAAUUAAAAUGUAAUGAAACUGGGAAAGAAAAAAAUCAUUCAGAGUCCUCCAUCCCGAGGCAACCAAUGUGAAUGUUUUGAUGUUAUUUCUUCUGAGUUAUGCAGUUAUUUUCUUUCCUAGUGAGGUUCAAGGAUAUGAAGAUUUAUAAGGCUUUAUAAUAAUAAUUUGACAAUUUUCAUAAUUUGAACUUAAUUUUAACAAUAUUCAAGGUGGCAGAGACAUGAUUAUGCAAAAUGCAUCAGUGCAUAAGCUCUGAUUGAAGUCUACCCUUCUGAAAGGCUACCUUUGUUAACGGUGUUCAUUCCUUGGGCAACUGAAAAUGCUCAUUUGACAAAUAGCUGUGGGAGUCAGCUCACUGGUCCUUCUGGAUGAAGAUAGUCUAUCAGUCACUUAUUAAUACCUGUUUCCUGGGAUGAAUAGAAGAAGAUAUUCUUCUAGUUAUGGCUUUCCAAUCUUUUUCAUGGCAUGGCACACAUAGAAAAUAACGGUAUUUUCUCCAUACACUGGAGUAAAUGAAUGAGGCUGAUGUAGUCAGAAGUGACCACCUGGAAGUCUGGGGCUCCAUCUGGCUGUCCUGAGGGCUUCAGAAUCCAUGUUUCAGCCUCCUGUAAUCCAUUCAUAGUACAACGGGGCCAGCUCUGCAUUCUCACGAACCUAGAGGAACAUAUGUGGUGAUGUUAUGAAGAGCAUAUCUUUCUUUUUUUAAAAAGCUGUUUCCACCUCUCUCUGUUUAACUUAUUCCUUGCAUUGAUUACACAGGGGCCUUAUAACUGUGAAAUCCCUCCUUAGUAGAAAUGUAGACUUUUUUUUACAACUUUCUGAUCUUCACUCUUCACUAUUCUCCCCAAAAUGUGCUCAACUCUUGUUCCAAAAGUUUCUUAUUUGAUUUCUCACCUGGAAGUUAUUCACUCAACAACUGUUAACUGAGUUCUAUAAUGUAUAGACAUUUUGAUAAACACUAGGGAUGGAGACAUGUUAAAGGCAGCUUCUGACUCUAAGGUGUUCACAGUUUAAUGGAGGGGAACACAGGAAUGGUAAGAGAAAGCAAGAAGCACUUAAAGGUGGUAGGUCCAAAGUUCCAUGGCCUUCUCCCUGGGACAGGUGGGAAGGGUUCCCAGAAGCAGUGACAUUUGAGGUGUGACUUGAAGGAGGAGUGGAAGUUUCACAUUUCAAUCAGGAAACAGAGUACUGGCUAAGAGACAAACACCUGUGGUUUUGAGAAAUAGGUGAGCUUGUCAGUGUGCCUGGAAGACCAACUCCAGGCAGCACUGAGAAGAGCGACAGAGGUUGAGUAUGGGAAGGAAGUAGGGUUAGGUUUUGAGGAACUUUGCCUGCUGCACAGAAAAUUAAGGACUUUUUACGCAAGAGAUUGACAUCUGCAGACUUGUUUUUUGGAAACAUCGCCCUGGCGUCACUGUGGAGAAUGGACUUGUGGAUGGUCGUGGAAAUCAUUGGGAGGCUGCUGCAACUGCAACUUUGAAGACAGAAGUGAUGAGGGCUUGACCUAGGGCCAGGGUGGUGGCAGAAUUCAUAGGAAUGGCUGCAGGAAUAUGAAAGAAGUCAGUUUGGGCAACUGAGUAAAUGAUGAUGUCAUCAGCAAAGACAAGGAGAAAGGCUUAACCUCCAGCAUUUCAGUUCCUCAAAUCCAACCGGUUCUUUUAGACCCAAACCAAGGACCCUUUCGUUUAAAAGCCUUCUUCCAUCCUCGUCUCUUUAGGGACCACUCUCUUCCCAGAAUCUCUAUUCUGAGAGUCAGCAGUAGACAGUUUGCUCCCUAAGCAGGAGGCUAUUAUUUCAUAUGCAUUAGAUCUGUUUCCUAGAGUGUAGGACAGCCAUUCUCAAGCCUGUCUCACGCUUCUCUGAUAUUCGUCCCUGUGACUGGCUCACAGUGUUGGGCAUUAACUAGGUGUUGUCUACAGUAGGCAGUGGGGCCUAGCGCUGUGCUUGCAAAUGAGAUCUUAAAUAUAAAAUAGAUAUAAAGUAGAGCUGCUCUGGUUAAUGCAAGGGUAAAAGGCCCAGAAUCCAGGACCAUGGCUUCCUCCUGUCUUAGGGCUCCAUGAGACACAGUUUGAAAACUUUCCGCUUGCCAGACUAGUCACGGGUUUUUAAGUCAGAUAGAACUGAGUUCAAAUCUCUGCUUUGUCCUUUAUUUAGCUGUAACAGAGUAGACAAAUGGGGAAACUGCUCCUAGCUUCACUUUCUCCUCUGUAAAACAGGGCUAAUAAUACUUUCAUUUGUAGGGUUAUUGUGAGGACAAAGUAGGAUAAUGCAUGUAAAAAUUUCUGGCACCGAUUAAAUGUUCACUAGGUCAUAGUUGUUGGUAAGAAUGACAGGACACUUGCUAACCGAUUGAGCAACUGAUCUUUAUUGAAUUGAUACUUGUUCAGUCUAAAGAAACCUGCUCAUGCUCAGGUUAAGAAAAGCCAGGGUUGGAGUGAAGUUACGGGUGAGUUCGGGAUUCAGAGGGGACUCAAUCUUGUCUUAUGCUCCAUCCACUCCAUGAACCCACAACUGCCUGCCUUUGCAUGGAGACCUAUCAAUAUUUAAUGUGUGGGUGUUAGUUGCUGUAAACUGAGCAUACCCCAGGACCGACUUGAAUUAAUUAUAUGCAGGAGGAGAGAAAAUAAAAUGCCUUUUCCUCAGAGCCCCAAGUUUCACUGGCUACACUGAAGCCUGGGAACCACAGGGUGAAAUUUCUGCUGAUGGAGGACCCUGAGAAGAAGCUGGACCAGAAGAGUGACAGCAAACCCCGGAAAGUACGAUUUAAAAUCUCCUCCUCCUACAGCGGCCGGGUGUUGAAGCAGGUCUUUGAGGAUGGGCAGGAAUUAGAGUCACCAAAGGAGGAAUACCCUCACAGUUUUCUCCAAGAGGCCCUGGAACCAAUGGAUGGUGUGUAUGGGUCAGGGGAAGCCCCCAAACCUCGACCAUGCUCCCCGAAGCUGACUGCUCAAAGGAUCAGCGUGUUUAGAGAGGGCAAUGCCUACACUUUGGCGGGCAGCCAACCUUUCUUCAAUGAUUACAAGGCGAAUGACCAUAAGUCUCCACCCAUUAUAGAUUUUAGAAAGAUAAUCAUCUACACAAAUAACCUGAAAAUCAUUCGAACUCCAAUGGACAAGAGAGACUUCAUGAGGAAAAUUCUGCAGAAAGAGGAGGCUGAGGAAGAGUCCCUGAUGAGGAAAGAGGCAAUCUAUGGGGACAGCACUCAGAACCAUGGCCCUCCGCCAGAGAUGGAAAGCACUUUCCCCCAUAACCAGUAUCCACAGGAAGGGGAGCUUCCUGAGGACAACUGUUUUCACUGCCGAGGGUCGGGCAGUGCCACUUGCUCUCUAUGCCAUGGCAGCAAGUUCUCGAUGCUGGCCAACAGAUUUAAGGAGUCCUAUCGGGCCCUGCGGUGCCCUGCCUGCAAUGAGAAUGGCCUGCAGCCUUGCCAGAUUUGCAAUCAAUAGCCCAUGGCUCUGUAUGUCCGCUUUUAUUGCACCCUCCCUAAAGUUAUUGCUAAUAAGCUGCCCCUCCUCCUUCUCCUCCUUCCUUUCCCAGAAAGAAAGCCACAGCUGCUGCGACCACUUCCACUGGCAAAACUCAAUUACUCGAUGACAUUUCAUGAGGCUGGUAACAUCUCCACGUGGGUCUAAGUGGCAGAGGCAUGUUUGAAUUAGAGUCUGCUUUGAAACUGGUUCUAAAAUGAUCCUUCCAGGACCGUGUGCAUGUAUCUCACUUGACUUAGUUCAGUUUUUUCCUUGUGCUAGUGAACAAAUAAAUGCACACUUCAGGCAGCAGGUUGAAGUCAUUUUCUGAUUGGGAGUUAUUUUACAAAAUUACGCAGUGGGAAGGGAAUACAAAAGGCAGGUUUCUGAUGAACUGAAUUCCUGUUGGUUAUAAUGCAUUUCAAAUCCUCAUUGGUCCAAUUGAAUUUUUAACUGAGCAGAAGAGGAAAGGUAUGCCCAAUGCCAAAUGCCUUAGCAGGCCACUGAAAACAAAAGAGCAUGAGCGUGCUUCAUGCUGUAGAUAGGCAAGCUGAGGAGGCCUUUCUUUCAAAGUUCUGAGUCUCUCCUCUGUGAUGUGCUUGGGCAGUAUUCAUGCAGGCAACAAGCCAUGCUACUUCUUAGAAGCAGAUGAGAUAAGACAUUUCUGCAUGCCUCUAUACUACUGAGGUUACAAGCCAAGUCAAAGCAAUUCAUGAUAAAUUUGGUGCUUAAGUAUGUGUAUGUGAUCUGACUUAUUCCAGCCCCUGAAUUAUUAUUAAAUAAAUAAAUCUAUUUUACAUCUAAGAUAUAGGCAUGAUCUCUUCAUGAAAGACUGUGGAUAUUUUAUAGGUGUUUAUUGGGAACCUCUAAAAGAAAAAUUAACCAAGGCUGAUUUUUGCAAUUAUCUUUCUAUUGUCUAUGAAUACACAUACUAAGGAUAAUUCUUUUCUCCUAAAAUUGGUUAUAAAAUUAGAAAAAUGCUUUUGUUAAUAAACUUUUGUAGUUCUAACACCCACUCCCCUUAGCCCUUGAACAUAACACUGUAAAAUCUGCUAACUGUUGAGACACAUUGCUUUUCUAUGAUGAUUAUUUUGAUUUUCAUAACAAUUUUUUCAAGAUUUGUUUGUUAUUCUUUAAUAUUCAGCUAUUAAAAUAGUUCAACAAUGGAAUGCUUUUCAGGCCAUAGAAUUACUUCUAAUAAAAAGAUUAAAAUAUUUUUUGGAGCCAUGAUGAUUUUGCCUGUCCUCUCUUAGCCAGAAUGAUAGAACUAUUGCUCACUGACUUUCUUUGCUUCUGUCCUUCACUAUUUUCUUACUCUGUUCACGUUUUCUCACAGCUAUUGACUCUUCUAUCUUUCUAGAAUGCCAGGGGAAGGAACGAUGUCCAGAAGCCUUUAAGUGUAUUCUUCUGCUUUUUGACAGGAACGUUCGACAGCAAAUAUUGUUUGAGCCCAGCCUGUGUGCGGGACAUGCACAAUAACACCGCUUCGCUAGGUGCUUGAUGUGCAGGCUUACCCAGCUGGGAACCACCCCUUUGGUAGCUCAUGGGACUCACAGUUGCAGUGAGGGAGACAGACUUACAAACACAUAAUUACCGUAUAGUGCGACAAGUUCUGGGAUAGGAAAGCAACAGGGAGAACUGAAGCACAUAGAAGGAACACCUAAUGCAGCCUGAGAGGGGUUAUGAAGAGGCUCCCAGAGGAAGCGGUGUAAGCAAUGUUGGCUUCUUUAUCUUCCCCCAUGCUCUU